CUUGCUUGACCACCGCAACAUUCUAAAACAACAGAUCAAACUACAUAAACUUUUCAUAUCCAUGGAGUCAACCUAACGACCUAACCUAACCUGACCUUUACUAGUACAUAGAAGUCAUUUUAUUUGUACCAACCUUUGAGAGAACAAGCACUUAUACAUAGUAUACUUCUCUCCAUCUAUAAUAUCGACAUCUUCAAAUUAUUCAUCGAAGACGAGAAAAGAUGAACGUGGUAAAACUUCGUGGGCUGCCUUUUGAUGCGAAUGCAUUGAAAAUCGUGGAGUUUUUUGAAGACAACGUGGUGGAAGAAAACAUUCAUUUUGUGUCGGAUCGACCUGGUGGGACGAAGCCACAUGCUGGCGAGGCCUAUGUGGACUGUCCGAAUGGGGCACCGCAAUACGACGCACUGUUGAACUACCACAAAAAGCACAUGGGCUCAAGAUACAUCGAAGUUUUGCCUAGCAGUGAAGAGGUACUAAAAACUAGAAGACCUGAUCAGUGACUUACGACUCGUCAUCGUCGCAUCUUUACAGAUGAGUCGUACAACUUGUUCAUCAGAUUAUUUUUAUAGCAGAGUAGUUUAUAGCACGCAUGGUGCAUGGAGUAGCAUGGAGUGCAUGGAGCGCAGAGCUUUAAGGGGCGCAAGAAGCUCCCCCUUUAGCUCCAUGCUACUCCAUGUGAUCCAUGCACUCCAUGCCAUGCGAGCCGUGAAACCUUAUAAACUGCUCUGUUAUAGGAUGAAUCAAAAAUUUCCUUAUUUUCCGACUCUCGAUGAUACCGUAUUUUACGAAAAACCAAAAAUCUCGUCUACUACAUCCUGCUCCACAAAUCUUCUGAAAAAGCAACAAUCUGAAAAUCCACCUCAACAUCAGGACAAGCGACGCCUGGCGCAUCGAUUGAUUUCAGCCAAUGGCGGUCCCGGAACGUCAGGCUCAGAGGACGUCGAGAGUUCUCAAGUGGGAGGUGGUGAUGAUCAGGGAACGACGGUGUACAAUGUGGAAAAUUCAGAUUUGGUUUUGAAAGUUCGUGGUCUUCCGUUCGAGUGCGGGGAGCGCGAUGUCAUUGAGAAAUUCUCAGACUUUGGAAUCACAAGAUCCAGGCUGCUCAUUGACAAACACUUCGGUGGACCGCGAGCGGGGCAAAACUCAGGCAGCUGUUUUUUUUAAGGCUACCCCUAAUAAAUCCGUUUUCAGAUGAACUAACUAUUCAUUCUACUGCAAGCAAAGUAUAUAGAAGAUCCAUGUGCAGAAGAACCUAUUCAUCAUGCAUGAUUCUGGAGAGGCUUUUAGAGGGGAAUAAAAGGCACCAUCCAGGAUGCCUCAUGAUCUCAAGAUGGUUUGGGGUGACCUCUAAUUUUGAGUCUUUGAUGAUGUGCACUCCAGACAAACCUGCAUGGACACUAUGCAAAACGCUCACGUGGGAUCACGAUAUUUGGAACUCUUUCCGGUAUUAUUUGAGGCACUCACAACAACUUCUUUGUUUCAUUAGUCCUAAUCAAUAGUAAUUUCUGUGAUCUAUCUACUAAAUCGAAACUUCAAAUUCAAAUAGAGCUAAAAAAUUUGAAUUUCCUUUCACCGCCUGUUUGAAGUUAGAACAAAUAAAAGCUUGUAACAACUACUUGCAAAUACUAACAACAACCUCCGCCUCCACACUAUCAAUAUAGGGUACCGACAACGACAUCGCUAUCAUGCAAAGAUUGAAUGACCGUUUUGGAAGUCAUGGUGGUGGCCACAAGGGAGGUGGUGGUUACAGAGGUGGAGGAGCCGGGAUGACCAUGACGUACCAACAGCAACAGCCCAUGCCACUAGAUCAUGGUGGCCCAAGCGGCGCAUUCUCCGGCAGUGGUGUGGACACAUUGGGGAAUACCUUGUUAAGGCUACUUACUGACUGCAUGUUUUACUAGUGCUCUAUUUACUUACAGUAAUACUACUACAGCCGGCUUCUUGCUUUCCUAUUUCCACUUUUAGGCUAUCCCUUCAUGCAAAACAAAACAAGUAAUACUAGUACAUAAUUGUGCAACAACAUGAUGUUCUUCUUGGUCUAAUCUUGCCCAACGAAGACGACCGAGAAGUGGUGAAGCUGCGAGGUUUGCCGUUUCGUGCUACGCCCAACGAUGUGGUGCGCUUUUUCGAGCCAGAAUUUGCCAUUGAGAGUAGUCAGUGUCACAUCGUCGUCGGAAGAGACGGUCGUCCAACUGGAACGGGGCUCGUCAAAAUGCUCAGUACUACUUUGCUUAACUAACUAUGAUGUUUAGGUAGAUUGAUACUUCAACAGGAACAACAGGAAAACAUAAGUGCUUGUGGUGUUGAAGAGUAGAAGUAGGCUCAUCAUGUUUGCUGGAGUUGAAGAACAUUUUCUUGUCUACUCCAUCUACUGACAUCUUUUGUUGUCGUCUCACUCUCUCCCCCAUCUUUUUUUACCGCCUAAACCAACCCAAGCCCUAAGUCCAAGCUCGAGGAUUCUGAUUCAACCUCCAAUCACUACAGGUGAAGCCGAUGCGAAGGACGCUGUGGAGUGCUUGGACCGGAAGCAUAUGGAAAAUCGGUAUAUAGAGGUGAUUCAGGGCGGUGGAAGCAUGGGUGGUGGAGGUGGAGGCAAGGGCGGGAGGGGCGGCCCGCCAAGACGUGGUACAAGAUUCUCGUGGAUGGUCGUGGGAAUAGGUUGUAGGAUUCUCUGGGAAUAGGUUUUAGGAUAGUCUUGGUUCCUGGGAAUAGGUUGUAGGUGUAGGAUAGGGAGGUAGGCUGGUGUAGGUGUAGGAUAGGGACCCCACUUCUGGCGCGUUAGGGAUCCACCAAAAAAUGGGAUGUGGAUGAUAUUUUGGAUAAUUUCAAUUGGGCAGCUUAUUGAUGAAUAAAUGUGAUCGUGAUGGGCAUGGGAGGGAGGUGCUCUAUCUCGUCAUCUUCUGAGGACCCGACUCCUGAGCCUGUAUAUCUAGAACUAAGAAAUUUGUGAUGAUCAUGAUCUGAUUCACCUUCAAUAUGUAACCCGACUUAUGCUUAUGUAUUAAUUCAUUUUCCCGAACAACCUACCUCUUAUACCUCUAAUUUCUACUACUUUUGGAUUUCGUUCUUUCUCUUCUUCUAACCUAGGUCUUCUAUCCCCUUACGCUAACUACUUUCACUCACCCUCACCCUCAGGUCCUCCCUCUCACGGUGGCGGAGCACCAGGACCCUAUUCCAAAGGCGGAGGCGGUGGCCGCUCCAAAGGCGCUUCCGGAGGUGGAGACUAUGUUAUGACACAUACACAUGACAUAGAAUCUAUGGAGAUCACCAUACCUACUAUCGUGAUUGUUCAAGGGAAGGCACCACCAUCAGUUGAUAGGAAAAUUUUUAUUUUGUUCAGAUAUAUUAUUAAUAUUUAAUGAAUCUAUCAUCUACUAGAACAACUGCAUCUUGUUCAGUUCUAUCAUCAGGAAACCUAAAGAUCAUAGUUACGACUUGCAUUCAUCAGUGACUUCAACGUGUCCUUUUCAUCACGGUAAGCUGACGUUGACCUCCUGCUCAUCUCUUGUUUUGCUAAGAGCUGUUAGUUUUUUAGUCAAAACCUGCGUGAGUCAAAACCUGCGUGGCGAAACACUUAUGACGCCGCGCGGCAGUCUGCACUGUGAAUAUUGUGCGAGAUUGUCUUGCCUUUUCUAAUCCACCUGCCUUUUCUAAUCCAAGUGGGCACAUCAAGUCCUCCGAUUGGGGUAACAAGGAGCAAAAUAAAGGCGGAAAAUCGUUUGGUAGCUGGAUUCGGCUUAGAGGCCUGCCAUUCGAGGCACGACCGAUGGACGUGGCGCAAUUCUUCAACUUCCGAUAUGGAAUCAACGCCGACCGCGAUGUCAUUAUUGAGAAGGUAGUUGUGCUUGUACUUCUAUGUAUACUUAUGAAGGUAGUAGUUGUACUUGUACUUCUACUGUGUACUUAUACUCAUGAUUAUGCAUAGAAGUGAUGUUUGAGAUUGAGAUUCUUGUGAGAGAUUUAUUUGGUCUGCGGAGGUUUUCUCUCAUGAAGUAGAUAUCGAUAUCAUGUUGUGGUUCUUGAUAUAUUUGAUUUUAGUUCGAUGUGGCGCAGACUCCACAACCUAACCUAACCUUUGAGUUCCACUAGUACAGCAAAAAAACCACUGCUUACUGACAUCAGAUAAGCAUAAAAAGAAGUAUUAUCAAACUUCUCCUCCACAACCUUGAAACACCAGAUGAGCGGGCGACCCACCGGACAGGCUUUCGUCAAGAUGGGUUCCUCCUCUGAUGUCUUUGACGCGGUGGAGAAGUUCAAUAAAAUGAUGAUGGGACCGAGGUACAUCGAGGUGUACGAAUCCAGUACGGAAGAGGUAGGUCGACGCGUUGGGGGAAGUGCGCAGUAGAGGACAAGAACCUGUCUAGUAAGGACGAGAUGAACAAGAACUACAACUAAAAUAUCUUCACUGAUCAUCAGAUGGGGAGGAGAAGUUGAAGUAGCACAGUUAGUACAUCACCAAGUGGCAGUGGGUCUAUUUCGUUGAUGACGCACAGCACGCAAAAAGUUAAAUCGUCGAAUGUGAACGAACUCAAAACAAUAGCUGCAGGAUCAAAAAACAGGACGAUUUUUUAGCAAAUCCAUCGCAGCAUUGUGUUUUUUUUCCGGUUCUACCCACGACCAUUGGCGGCAGCUGCAACCUUUUUUUACAUCGCGGCUACACAAGAUUUGACUUGUGAUUGUGUUGAUGUUGAAGAUAAGCGUAAAACAAGGAUCAUAAAAGGAACACGAAAAGCAUACUUACCCAUAAUCAUAGGGAAGAACAACAUCUAUUUUGUUACAUCAUAAAAAAUAUUUCUAAGAAACCCUCCCUACUGUCGCCCGCUUGUCUCUAACUAAGAAAUGUAGUGUAUCUUCACAGCAAAAAACAAAAAUGAUGUCAUGAAGAAUUACCACGCUCGGUGUCGAUCGCACAUGAUUUUCGCAAACCUCAUUCUAAUAAACGAUUACUACACGACGGAGACAACAACGUUACGCGAAAUAGACAUUAUUGAUGAUUACUUAUGGAGGAUGAGGAACAAGAUGAAAAUAUUAGAUAUACCUACCAGUGCUAUACCACAACCUGCGCAUUCCCCACACCUCGACGAGAACAAGCUUUAGUACUAGUGCAAAAAUCAAGAAUCUCCAACUUCUAGCUCUGCGUGAAUGGUAAUCAUGGAUGAACAUGAACCUCCAACCGAAGCCAGUUAAUAUUUCAUGAAUUGCC